ACGCCACCGUUAGGCCGUUGAGUCGUCCGCGGGAAGGAACAUGGCGGCGGUAACAAGCUGGUGACAAUCUGAUAUGGGAUGGGCGUCGCGCAGCUAAACGUAGGAACGCAGCUUUUUUUUCUCCCGCCGUAAUGAUAAUGAGUGGUGAUACCGCGACGUAUAAACAUGGCGAUCAUUUGAUACUGCAGUCGUCCUCCGAUCCAGACGAGUCGCGGUUACUGCUACUGCUCCUGCUACUACUGGGGAUCGUGCGGGGGUAGCGAUAGUUCGGUCUAACUAACAAUUUCCGUGAUACUCAUAAUAUACACACGGAAGCCCCGCGAACGUCGUGGGGACAGCGAGAUCGCAUAAAGAAUAUCUCUCGCUGAGAGCGCCGCGAGCAACUUGUCGGGUGACGCAUAGCGAACGUUCCGGAGGCUGCGACGACGCGGCAUCGAAGAAGGAGCUACGCGCGUCGUAUGCGCUAAGAUGGCCCGGGAAUACGAUCAUCUGUUCAAGCUGCUCAUCAUAGGAGACAGCGGCGUAGGUAAAAGCUCGCUACUUCUGAGAUUCGCUGACAAUACCUUCAAUGGCAGUUACAUAACUACGAUAGGAGUGGACUUUAAGAUACAAACUGUGGAGGUAGACGGUGAGCGAGUAAAGCUGCAAAUUUGGGAUACCGCUGGACAAGAACGUUUCCGGACAAUAACUUCAACUUACUAUAGGGGAACACACGGCGUUAUAGUUGUGUAUGAUGUGACCAGCGGUGAUACUUUCGCGAACGUUAAACGGUGGUUACAUGAAAUCGAACAGAAUUGUGAUGUAGUUAACAGGGUACUGGUAGGAAAUAAAAAUGACGCACCUAAUCAAAAGGUGGUGUUAACAGAAGAUGCACAAAGAUUUGCUAAUCAAAUGGGGAUCCAGUUGUUUGAAACUUCCGCUAAGGACAACAUCAAUGUUGAAGAGAUGUUCAUGGCAAUAACGCGGCAAGUGUUGCGGACCAAAAAAGAGCGCAAGGAACGGCAAGCCAUACAGACUAAUGAGACAGUCAACUUAAGAAAAAGCACAAAACAGCAUAGGAAAAAAUGUUGUUAGCGAGCGUUGUAUAAGCACGCUACUCUCUAUAAACGAAAUAUUCUUUGAUACAAUAAUUAGGACAGAAUAAAACAGAGAGCAUGUGUUAGUAUUACGAGCGGACAUGAGACGCUGGAAACCCUGAUAUUUUCUAACACUGAGUUUUGUAUUCCAAUUACGAUACCUAAGAUUGUAUCCUAACUAAAGUAUACUUUUUUGACGUUAGUAUUUAACAUAGUAGAAUCGAAAUACCGAACGAGCGCGUAGGGCUUAUUUAGUGAAAAUGAUCGUCUGUGCGGCAUUCUUUUUUAACACGUUAAAUACUUUCGCGUGCGUUGAAGAACAAAGGCCUAUUCAUUUGUAAUACUUACGAAAGGGUAACUCUUACUCACGCGUAUAUUAAAAACCAUCCUUUCAUACAUACGUUUUAUACACAAACGCGUUUUACAUCAUGUAAUCAUUAAACGAAACAUCGUAAGUGGCGAACAUUAUUACGAGCAUCUUCCACUUUUUUGUCAUUAUGUAAUUUUGGUCGUAGUAAAAUUUUGCUGCAUUCAACAAUGAGUUACCAUAUGCUAAAUAAGUCGUAUUUAAAGCGAGUAGGAUUAAAGUUUCUUGAACAAACGGGCGACUAAUAUUGUUAGCUGGUCCAAAUAAUUCUUAGGACGUUUUAGUAAAAUUAAGGUUCCUGUAAUUUGAUGACGCUUUCACAAUACGUUUUAAAAGAUUCAAUUUAAUCGAAUACGUGGAAUGUAUUAGGAAUGUGUAACAGCAUGUAAAAAAAUUAUGUAAAAAGAAGACUGCUAUAUGAAAACUGCAAAAAUUGCUUUGUCGUGUGAAAUUCAAUAUACUCCUGUCGUAUUCGAAAGUUAUACUACUGUCAGAAGACUAAUCAAUACGUUUAUUUC